CUCGCUACACACUUCGAAUGCUGAGCCUCGCCUCCUUCUCGCUCGGCCUGAACCUGGGCGCCACCCCGACGCGCGCUGGCGAUGUCCGCAUGGCGGUCGACGUGCGCGCGCCGUUCAAGACGACCGAGUCUGACCGGCUUAUGGACGAGGCGCGCGAGAUCAUGCCGGGCGGCGUCUCCUCGCCCGUGCGCGCCUUCAAGUCGGUCGGCGGCGACCCGGUCGUGUUUGACCGGGUCAAGGGUGCGUACGCGUGGGACGUGGACGGCAACAAGUACGUCGACUACGUCGGAACGUGGGGCCCCGCCAUCGUCGGUCACGCCGACGACCGCGUCCUCGACGCCGUCAAGGCGACGAUGGACAAGGGCACGUCGUUCGGCGCGCCGUGCGCGCUCGAGAAUGAGCUUGCAAAGAUGGUCAUCGACGCGGUGCCGUCGGUCGAGAUGGUGCGCUUCACCAACUCGGGGACGGAGGCCUGCAUGGGCGUCCUCCGCCUCAUGCGCGCCUACACCAAGCGCGAGAAGGUGAUCAAGUUUGACGGGUGCUACCACGGGCAUGCAGACUCGUUCCUCGUCGCCGCCGGCUCGGGCGUCGCGACGCUCGGGCUGCCCGACUCGCCGGGCGUGACGCAGGGCGCGUCGGCGUCGACGCUGGUGGCGACGUACAACGACAUCGAGUCGGUCAAGGCCCUCUUCGAGGCCAACAAGGGGGAGGUCGCCGGUGUGAUUCUCGAGGGCGUCGUUGGCAACUCUGGCUUCAUCGUUCCGGACCAGGCCUUCCUGACGGAGCUGCGGCAGGUGUGCGACGACAACGGGGCGGUGCUCGUGUUUGACGAGGUGAUGACGGGCUUCCGCAUCUCGUACGGCGGCGCGCAGCAGCACUGGGGCAUCACCCCGGACCUCUCCACCUUCGGCAAGGUGAUUGGCGGGGGCUUGCCUGUCGGCGCGUACGCGGGCAAGAAGGAGAUCAUGGAGAUGGUUGCGCCGGCGGGGCCGAUGUACCAGGCCGGCACCCUCUCGGGCAACCCGCUGGCGAUGACUGCGGGCAUCGAGACGAUGAAGAUCCUCAAGCAGCCCGGCACGUACGAGCAGCUCGACCGCAUGACGGACAAGCUCAUCAACGGCAUCCUCGACGCCGGUAAGGCUGCCGGCCACGCCGUGUGCGGAGGCCACAUCUCCGGCAUGUUCGGCUUCUUUUUCACCGACGGGCCCGUCAAGUGCUUUGCGGACGCGGCGAAGAGCGACACCGCCAAGUUCGCAAAGUGGCACCGCGGCAUGCUCGAGCGCGGUGUGUACCUCGCGCCGUCGCAGUACGAGGCGGGCUUCAUGUCGCUCUCCCACUCCGAGGCCGACAUCGAGCACACGAUUGCGAUGGCCAAGGAGGUGUUUGCUGAGCUGUGAGCUGCUGGCUGGGGGAGAGGGCGGCCAACUACGUCCCGCGCACUGGCGCGCGGCUCCGCCGGAGGGAGAGCGAGAGAGACCAGAGGAGAGAUACGCGUUUGACGGUACACCCACUGGCGUUGCGCGAGACCGAGAGGCGGCCGUCGUGCGGCGCAACACGCCCGUGCUCUUGUAUGUGUGUGUGAGGUGCUGGCCCCGUGGGCCUCUCUCGCGCCUCUCUGUACAAAGUCGCACGCACGCCGGUGGGACGAAAACUUAGACGCGACGGGAUCACGGCGCAA